CAUCCCGCCCUUUGUCCUGUGAAGUGUGGACCUCAUCCCUCUCUCAUAUAUAUUGGGGGGUCCAACUUUUCAUGUCCUACACCUCGCACGCGUGUUUUGUGUUGUAGUGACAGGUUGGACGACACCAGUGGACAAACAUGUCCCAGUACUCUGGAAAGAUCACCUUCUAUGAGGGGAAGUGCUUCACCGGCAGAAAGCUGGAGGUCAGAGGUGACUGUGACAACUUCCAGGACCGUGGCUUUAUGAACAGAGUGAACUCCAUCCGUGUGGAGAGCGGUGCCUGGAUCUGCUAUGACCAUCCUGACUUCAAGGGGCAGCAGUACAUCUUGGAGCAUGGAGAGUACCCAGAAUUCCAGAGAUGGAACUCCCACAAUGAUCACAUGGGCUCUUGUAAACCCAUCCGUAUGCAUGGAGAACAUUAUCGCAUUGAGUUGUUCGAGAGCUGCAACUUCUCUGGUCAGUGCGUGGAAAUCUGCGAUGACUGUCCAUUCCUGCAGAGCCGAGGCUUCAGCAAGAACUGCAUCAACUCAGUCAGAGUGUACGGAGACGGAGCCUGGGUCAUGUACGAGGAGCCAAACUUCCGCGGCCGCAUGUACAUCGUAGAGCGCGGCAACUACUGCAGCCACAACGAAUGGCAGGCCCAGAACCCCAACAUCCAGUCCAUACGCCGAGUGGUCAACUAUUUCUAAAGUCCCACUCCUUUGAUUACUACAGACCCCGCCCUGCACUGAUGUCAUCAUGUUCAGUAAAUAAACUCAAAUAAGAAAACAGGAUUUUUACCAAACAUUUCCUCUGUGUGUGUGUUUUGUGUGUGUGAUGAUGAAACUGUAGUUGAAGUUAAGAGUUUUGUUACAGUAGGUC